CUCUAGCUGGCAGCUGCUUAACUAACUUGUUUAAGAAAUCGUGUGAGACCAAAUCUAUGAAUAAAAAUCCACGUUUGAGCCCUGUAAUCAGUGUGACCGCGAGAAAAUAUACUGGCUAUGGAAAAUAUACUUUUUAGGCAAUUUUAUUUUUGUUACGCAGCGUAUUUAUAUGUUAAUGGGAGAACACUGCGUGCCAGCAAAAGUCUAGAGUAGGUGCAAACAUGGCUUUAUAAUGCAUAGCCAUCCACAUUGGACAUAUAGUUAAUUGAACUACUGACUUCCCAAAAGUCCACGUCUUCCGUAAAGUCAACUGGUAACUGGUAAGUAACAUGGCCAAGGAGAACGGCUGCGGAAAGGGUGUUCAAGUGAACGGAAGCAGCCCAUCUAUUUGCUCCUCCUCAAAGUAUACCCGAAGUACGGAGCUGCGGCGCGUUGAGGACAACGAUAUUUACCGGCUGGCAAAGAUUCUAGACGAAAAUGCCUGCUGGCGGAAGCUUAUGUCGAUCAUACCCAAGGGUAUGGAUGUGGAGGCUUGCAGCGCCGCUGGAUGCCUGAACUUUCCACUUGCCGUAAAAAAAGGAUUCAAGUACACGGCUCAAGACGUUUUCCAGAUUGACGAGGCUGCGAACAGACUUCCGCCAGAUCAAAGCAAGUCACAGAUGAUGAUCGACGAGUGGAAGACUUCAGGCAAGCUCAACGAGCGUCCCACUGUGGGUGUGCUGCUCCAACUGCUGGUGCAGGCGGAGCUCUUUAGCGCGGCGGACUUUGUGGCACUGGACUUCUUAAAUGAAACCACUCCGGUUCGCCCGGUUGAUGGCCCUGGUGCACUGAUUAGUCUGGAGUUGAUAGAUGAGGACAUGGAUGUGGACAAUGAGGGUCUGUGUCUCAGCUACCAGCCAUGUAAUGCAACCCUGGAGGCGGCUGCUCAGGGCAGCAUUGGACUAAACCUGAACACCUUUGAGAAGGACAUGUUAGCGCAGCACAAGAGUGUGCCACAGCCAUCCGGGGAAGUACCACCCGUGGCUCCACCUCGGCGCCAGCUUAGGGUCAGUUCCAGCUCUGCCACUUCGAAUGGCACCGGCUUGUCGUCAGCGACCACUCCGAAUGUACCCAAUCUGACAAUUCUCAAUCCCAGCGAACAAAUUCAUGAGCAGCUGCUGGAGCCCCGACCGCAAAACAUCCCCAAUCUAUCUAUACUCAUCACAAGCUCUUUUGCUUCAACGACAAUCAAUUCAACAAGCUCCACGGAACCGCCGAAUAUACCGCAAAUUACUCUUUUAAUCGAUAACUCCGCAAAGAUAAGCCCUAGUACAGCUCAUGCAUCAGUGAAAGCUGAAGAACAUUCAACGCCGCCGGCGACCUCAAGUAACUUGCCAAUGAUAAGUGCUUUGAAUAUAAGUAAUGAAAACGGGGUGACUCCACGUCCAGCCAGCAGCAGCAGCAGCACAAAUAGUUUGAGCAACGAUGAUGACGACGAUGAGAUUGACUGCGAGGGGGAAGGAGAGUUUGCGGAAGCCUCCCUGCCAAACCUAAGGAACUCAGAGCAACAGAACUCUAACAAUGACUCCAGUCUGACAACAGUCACUGGCACCAGCGGUGAUAAUAGCUUUGAGCUGACCAACGACUCCAGCUCAACAUCGAACGACGAUUACCCCGGCAACAUUCCGAAUUUGAGUGAGCUGCAGCAGUAGGAAAAUGCGACGUCCAUCUACGGUUAUGAGUUUCCUCGAGCCGAACAUUCCGAUUGUCGCUUAAGCUUUAGUUUGACUUUUACACACCACAUGGAUUUUAAUGCUUGUCGACAUCGACAUGUUAAUGUGAACCCUUUAUAAUAUGUAUUCUGUGUACAGUCCAACUAGAAUCUGAGAUUCGGUCCAAGCUUUCAACAUUCUAUUGUUUCGUUGUCCAUAUCACGGCUACUGACCCAGUCCAUGACAACGGCGACAAUAUUAAAUAUUUUCGUUUCGAGAAAGCCAUAUAUAUUUUACCAAAUAACCGACUCUUAAAAAGUUUGUAUGUCUUACAAAGUAAUUUAAUUUUCUAGAAUAAAUAUACCUAAAAAAAAGGUUUUUAUGGAAUGAUUUUCAAUGUAGUGGGUCCAAAUUAUUAAAACGAUGAAAUAAAAUUAUAUAUCUUCACAAACUUUAAUUAAUCAUAAUUCUGUCCGUAUGAAAACUAAGAACUCCGUAACAAUAAAACAUUUAUACAUACAUACAUAUGUAAA